AUGGGGGGCGACGGGGAUGAGACGAGCCCUGCGCAUGUGCGCCAAGAACCAGAGUGGGUGACAAGCCUCGCGACGCUGGCUGCGAGAAACUUCAAGAGGGUCCAGAAUGACGCGGUGAACAGCAUCAUGCAGAAGAAUGCUGAUUUCACCAUGUCCCUGCCGAUAUGGGUCGCCACGGUCUUGAACAUGUGCUCGAUGACCCUGCCAGCAGUGUGGCCAUUGGAGGGUGCUGUAAAGAAGGCGUACGAGCAUUACUACCAGGAAAAAGGGUGCUACGCGUUCCCACCGCCUGGCCACAUCGUCGAGGUCAGCUUCUACAAGACCCUGGCGCCGGAGAUGGUGCGGAAGUUGCAGCGCGAUAACCUGGACACGCUGUAUUUGGCCUGGCUCAUGCUGUUGCGCGACGUGCAGGAGAAAGAAGAGAAGCUCGCCAAGAUCGUGGAAGCGGCAAUGCAAGUCCCGAUGAAGUUCACGAAGCGGAACAAUGACAACGAGCGCGUGCUGAAGGUAUACCAGUAUAAGGAGGACGAAGAGAAGAAUGCGGAGUUGUUGGGCCACUCCCUCCUUGGCCGAGCGCGCGAGCUAGCAGGGCCCCAAGAAGUUCUUCGUUCGAAUUCUCAGAGCAGCACGCCCCCGGCGAUCGAAGAGCUGUUCAAUUCUGGCGGCAUCACCUGGGCGCAUAAGGAGACUACGAUGAACUUGUACAGCAUCAGGCUGCACCUCCGCAUCCUCAGACGCCUGUCGAUGGCAGUUGCCGACGUCGGCGCCCCGGCCUACAAGGACUCGGCCCUGUACUACUUCGACCGCAACGAGGAGAUCUGGGGGCGCAAGCAUCCGAAUGUUACUAUGCAGGAGACGGGCAGGUCUUUUGAUGCAUUUCAGAGCGCAGUUCCAGACCUUGGAGACCUACGCAUGCUGGCGGAGACUUAUCAUGUCAUGCUUCUGCGCGGAUACAACGUGAAGGCGAGCGGCAGGCACGCCCCUGAGACCGCCAAGGCCAUCCUGACUAUGACGAAAGUUCCUUCUUCACUGUUGCCACGGUAUCCUCUGUUCGAGUCGGUGCUGUCCGUCUACAAGACGCUGAAGACAUUCCACAAGGAGUACCCAUCAGGUUUGGAUUUUGAUGGCAAGGAAUUGUUACAUGUCAGCCACACUUACCCGAUCCUUGGCGAGGGCACUGCGGAGAAGCUGAACUCAGAGAUCCUGCUCCCUACGAUGCUCAACAAGAAGUUUCAGGCAUUCCUCGGGCACCCCACUGCUCUGGCCGUCCUCUUCAUCAAGGACAUGUUGCCCGAGUUGGAUCAGCUCUACCAGGUGGACGUGGCUGAGCGCAGGGCCAAGGAGCGCGCGGUUCAGGGUGAGCGCGAAGAGUUUGACGUGGCUAUGAGCUGUGAGGCCAGCGGGUUAAUUACCGAAGACGAGGCCAAGUCGUUGAGAAACGUCUUCGAGGACAAGAAAAAAACGAACUACUGA